CGCGGUGACCCCGGAAGUGCCUGCGCAGACACGUGGGGUGUAGGACAGCAUGGCUGUGCAGAAGGUGUCUGGCAUGGACAGCGGGGAAAGCGCAUCAAAGAAGAAGAAGGAGAAGGCUGCGAACAGACAGAAUGAAGUGCGUGGUGUCCUGCAGCAGAACAGAGAGUUCCUGGACUUCUUCUGGGACAUUGCUAAGCCCGAGCAGGAUGUCAGACUGGCGGCCACAGAGAACCUUAUCCAGUACCUGAAAUCCAGUGACAAGCCAGAUGAACUGAAAUACACCUUUAAGAGACUAGUGGAAGGAUUGGCAGCCACUCGAGAAGCAGCAAGGCCCGGAUUUAGUUUGGCCUUAGCCCAGGUUCUACAGUGCUUUGAAGAAGUUUCACUGUCUACAGUUUUGGAACAUAUAUAUGAAAAGUAUAACCUUCAGAAGGUUAAAAAAAAAUUAGUGAGAAAUGCCAUCUUUGGUAAUUUUUUUGGAGUCCUGGCCCUGUUCCAGUCUGGUCGGCUUGCUAAGGAUCCGAAAGUACUGCUCCCAUGUGUACAGUUGCUUCAGAGCUUAGCACAGUACAGAGAACACCUAAAGGAUUUACCACGGAAGACUUUGGUAGACAUUUUAUCAGAGAUUCCAGAAUCCACAUUUGAAGAAGUGCUGUUCGGGGUUCUGCAGCAAGAUCUUACUUCAGCAUUCAGCUCCCCUGAGCAGCUGCACCUGCUUCUUGUUGGACUGCAGAAGUUUCCAGGAGUUCUCAAACCUAGUAAACUAAAGAAGCUACUUGGAACAUCUACAAUUAUUACACCGGAGAACAUCCCAAAGUUGGUGGAGUUGUUAAAAAUAGCUGCUAGGUCUGUAAAGAAAGAAAAGUGCCUGCCAGGAGUAGCUCUGGAUGUCCUGAAGAUUGCCCUCAAAGAAGAGGUUUUUGAGUUAUUUUGGAAAGAAGUCGUGGAGCUUGGUUUGAUGGCAGAACAGUCUGGACCAUGCGUUUACAUGUGUUAUAGGCUUCUUGGAGCAUCUUUGCCUUUUCUGGAUAAUGAUCAGCUAAAAAUGAUACUUCGUAGAAAUAUCAUGUUACGCUACGGGGACCAUGUUGUCUCAACACAGCCGGCAGAUCGUUUUAAAUUUGCCCCAGAGAUGGAAAGUUAUGUUGCUGCAUUUCUGGAAAAUUGUGAUGAUGCCGAGAAGCAACUGACGGUUCUUAUCGGCUUCUCCUCACUGACUAACCAAGGAUACCCAGUGGUGUCCAGCGUAUGGAAGGUGGUGCAACAUGUUAAACCAGCUGCUCUGCAAAAAUACAUAGAUUGGUUGAAGAGCAUGUUUGUUACACCAGAUCUUGAUUCCUGUCUGGAUUUUACCACCAAGAGACAAAAGGAAAACCAGGAGCAUGAAAACAUAAAUGAUCAUUUUGUCUUCCGACUGAGGAAAUGGAUUAUUCCUCGUCUUACCAGCAUCAUUGACAAUGCUCAGGUGAAGAGAGAAGAGAGCCAGGUCAUGGACAUUGCACGGUUUAUAUUGUUUCAUGCAUUUUUUGAUGCAAAAAAGUCAGUCUCCGAUAUUCCUGAAACACAAGUAUGCCUGUCUGUGCCUUUGGAUGACAGAACACGAUCACAUGUAGCUGAUAGUUUUUUUAGCUUGUUGUUUAAUCUGAAUGGGUUGCCUGUGUUAGGAGAAGGACCUCAUGUUGAUGCAUUAAAGGAGAGGCACGUGGUUGGUGUUACUGCCGAUGGCAGCUUGUGGAUUUAUUGCAUGGUCCGCUACGCAGACGAGUUACUUUCACGUGGAAAGUAUGUGACAGCUGUUAAACCAUUUGGUGAAGAACAAAAAGAUGCCUGGGAUCGAAUGCUGCAGCAAGUGGAAAAUCUCCAGAAGAAAGCCAAAAAAUCAAGUAGCUUGGAACUAUCAGCCUAUCAGCAGCUGCUUUUGCUUGUUGGAAUUCAUCUUUUUAAGAGUUCCGAAGAAAGCGUGGAGUUGUUAAAUGAUAUCCAGAACUGUCUGGAAAAAGCGCUGAGCAAAAAAGCCAAAAAGAAAAAAGCUUCAGAGGAGCCAGAAUGGGUGGAGGUGAUGGUUGAAAUUCUUCUGUCACUCUUCUCACAGCCAAGCAGGCUUUUCCGAGUGGUCGCUAGGAAUGUCUUCAAAAAGAUUUGUCCAUAUUUGACUAAGAAUGCCCUGCAGCUGAUCCUCAAUGUUUUUGACCCAGAAGAGGAGCACAGUGCAGAAAGUGCACUUGUAGUUACAGAUGAGAAGGAUAAGAAGCAUGCUCCUGAAGAUCAGGAGGAUGAGAGCAGCUCUGAUGAGGGCAGUGAUAAUGAUGACAAAGAGAGUGAUAAUGAGGAGGAGGAGGAGGCGGAAGAGGAGGGUGAAGAUGUCAAUGAGGUGUUCCGGAGACAGCUGAUGCAAGUCUUACAAGGUGGCGGAGCCAUGGAUGGAGAUGACAGUGACGAUGAUUUGGAUGAUGAGACUAUGAUGAACCUUGAUGAAAGUCUUUCAGCAUUAUUUGCAGAGCAACAAAAACGUAUUCAGGCCAAAAAGGACGAGAAGGCCAAAAUCCGUGAAGAGAAGAUUUUGAGGAAGGAUUUUAAGAUUAAGGUCUUGGACUUGAUUGAAGUGUUUGUGACCAAGCAGUCUGAAAGCCCGCUGAUAUUCAAUAUUAUUGAACCGUUGCUUUCUGUAAUAGAACAGAGUAUGGGCUCUGGGUCCAGCCAGCAGGAGCAGGAUUUCCUCCGUAAAACAGCUGACAUUUUCAUGAAUAGUUUGUGCAAGAGCAAACGGUACUGUAAAGAUGUAUCGGAGCUCAAGGAGGAAUUACAUGAUAUGAUGGAACGACUACUUAAAAGAGCCAGCAAGCAAAGCGACUCUUCUGUUGCCCUAUAUUGUUUCAGUGCAUCACUGUACCUAUUCAAAGUAUUGAAAGGUUGCAAAAAGGAGCAACCAGAGGAAGUAGGAAAGAAAGAAAAAAAAGACAACUCCUCUAUACAGGCCGACUGUCUCGGCUGCCUGAGUCUUCAGAGAGUCAUCAAAUUGUAUGAAGAAGCAUUGCAGGGGUUCAUGACCAAGAGAAAUAGCCCCCUGACUUCAACUAUGUUCCUAGACCUCUUCACUCGUUUUCCAUUUGUCUGCAGACCACUCUUGGGCAUCAUAAUAAAGUCUGUUAAAGACGGCGCUCGGCAGCAUCAACAGGCACAAGCAUGUGGCCUUCUUCUGAAAGCUCUGCAGAACACCAGUUUAAAGCAGACCCUGUCUCCUUUAGAGUGGCAAGAUCUCAUCAAAGAGGCAGUGACCCAGGUCAAGGAGACACUACAAAACGUGGAGGAGGUUAAAGUAAAAGUUGAUCAAGAGAAACUCAUCAAAUGUUUUGAGCUGCUGAAUUUUCUUAUUAAAAUAAUAACUAAACAGAAACUAGAUGUCACUCUCCAAGACCUCCCGCCAGUCCUCCAGGCGUUGAGUGAGAAAGAGGGAUUUGGGAAAUCUUCCAAACUAGAAGACAUGUACUGGAAUGUCAUGACCUUACUAGGAUUUACUCGUCCAAAGAAAGAGAAGCCAAAAGGUAUUCCUGACGUUGUUCCAGAAAUGAAUGACACCUCAAAGAAGAAGAAAGGUUUCUUACCAGAGACUAAAAAACGGAAAAACAGAAAGAAGGCCAGACCUGAAGAGCAGAAGCCCAGUGGUGGCGAGGACAGCAUGGAGGUCUCAGAGCAGAAAGGAGUUAACAAAUCUAAGAAAAAGAAGAACAAGAAGAAAAGGAAACUGGCACAACAGGAAGGUGGAUCUCAGGAGAAUUCAAUAGGUACUCCAACAAAUAAGAAAGCCAAACCUGAUGUGGAAGACAAGAGCAAGACUGGAAAACCUGCCAAAUCAGAGAAAACCAAGAAAAAGAAGUGAAAGGACACAGUAGGAACAUAGAAGUUCAUCCUCCCUGCAUUGUGCGUUCUCUAUGAGCAGACGUUCAUGCAGAUCUUGAACAAUAUUGUUGUGUUUGUUUUUUAAACACUGGCAUGUAAAAAAGCAAAGCUGGAGCAAGAAAAGUAGUCUUAGUCCAGUAUUUGGCAGCAGUGCAUCCUAAAGCUGCCCAUAGCUAGCAGUAGUGGGCCACGGGAUGUGAGCUAACUAAUAUGAAUAAUCUACGCCUCAUGAAGAUGAUAUACCAUACAACUAUUUUUACAGUCUCUAAAUUUUAGUACUACAGUUAUGUUUUGUUGUUUAAAGAGUAACUAUUGUUUACCUGUUAUUCCAGAUGAGAAACUAUAAGAUUUAUUAAUAAAAAAAAUUAAAAAAUAAAUCCCCUUUCUCCACUUAUG